CUUUGUGUUUGAGUGGUCAGUUUCUACGGAAUACUUGCAGGAGAAACACUGAUUUCCUUUAAGAGUCACAAUGCUUGCGAUCGGCAUAUUCUGCUUCAUAUUCUUGGCAAAUGGCAUCGCAAACGCCCAAAAUACUCCAGCAUCAUGUUUCCAAUCUCAGAGCAUGUCAUUCGAUGCAUCUCAGUUAAACGGCACCUGGUGGGAAGUGGCUCGUAAUCCUGCUCCAUCUGGCAAUUGGGAUUGUGUGGAGGUUGAUUUUAUCGCAGAGCCACAGAACAAUCUUCUUAUUGAGACAACUUACUCGAAUACACCCAGCUACUUGUGGGUCAAUCAGACUAUGUACACCACCGUAAAUCUGAACAAUCCCACUGGCAAUGGCUUCAAUAUCUCCUAUGUGAAUGGUCUUACCAAUACCUCCUACACCGUCUACAAGUUGCUGCAAACUGAUUAUGAAAACUAUGCGUUUAUUUGCGGCUACACCAAUGCCAGUGACCCCACGACAACGUUUGGUAUUGUCCUCACUCGCCAACGUUAUCCCAAUGCUACGGUUCUCAAUCAUUACGAGACGAUGGCUUCCAACAACUAUGCUGAUUUUACCAAUGGCACAAUGUCCCUGAUAACACAAUCCCCCACGUGCUAUGCAGCCGGAGCCUAUGGCCUUUACGAAUAUUCCAUUGUGGGCACACUUCUUGCUCUGAUGCAAGCCCUCAUGCAUUUUGCCAUGUGA